AUGAAGGAGAAGUAUGGGAUCAAAAGGAAGUGUGCUGGACAAACAUAUUCUGAGGGACUUAGUCAACAACAAGAGAUUGUGUUGGACCUGGAAGUAAUGGGUGAGGAUGAGACAAGUUUCCAGGAACACAUUAAUGCCAUCACCCUGGAGUUGUGUAAAAGCAACCCCAGUUACUCUGAGGUCAAGAACCGGAUGAAGCGCACUCUUUUCAAAAGAGUACAGAUUAUGGACAGGCCUGCAGCUGAAGUAAUGGAGCAGUUUCCUUUUCUUGGGGUGCCACAGCUUAUGCUGCAUGAAAUGACAAUGAGGUUUGGAACAGACUUGGCGAAGAACAUGGAAACAUCUCUAAAUGAAAUGGCCCCAAACAUCAUCAGGAGUGCAAAAGAAGGAAGUCAAAAAAACCUCUACGCAAAUCUCAUUGGACCAGCAGAGGAAACCACAGAGGGUCUCGUUAGGAAUGCUGCACUCAUUUUAUUGCCAGCACUAUUUAAAGAAAAUGCCACUUUCCUCUACUGUGUGGAUAGUGAACCCAAAGGUCCUACACCCACCAUUGUGUUUAACGGCUCUCCUGAUCCCUCAAGGCUGAAAGUGUCAGCAUUAUAA